AAAAUAUAAUAUUUUUAUAAAAUGUUGCUCUCCAGAAUUUUAAGAAGAAAUAGAGCAGUUAUGCUGCCGAUUAGGAGCAUCGGUUCUAAUCAGAGAUUGGAGGCUCAUGAGACUGAUGAGCCUAGAACUCCAGAAGACUCCCAAUUUUUGGCCCAUUUUAAUGAUAGAAAGAAGAAAUAUUACGAUCCCUACUCUCAUGAUCCUCAGGCUGAAGACUAUCAGGACAGUAUUUUAAUGUCUGAUAGGAUGGGAGGAGUUCCAGAUGAAAUCACAUCCGCUGAUAUCUCUGAAAAUUGGUUCUAUACUAUUUAUAAAACAGAGAUUACAUGGACUGUGUUCUUCUUCGGAGCAUACUCUGCAUUCGAACCGGAUCAUAUUAUUCAUUAUCCAUGGGAAAAAGGACCGCUCAGUCCCUUAUUCAGAGGAGAGCAUGCUCUGAGAAGAUAUCCUACUGGAGAAGAGAGAUGUAUAGCUUGUAAGCUCUGUGAAGCUGCUUGCCCUGCAUUUGCCAUUACGAUCGAGACUGAGCCAAGACAUGACGAUGCUAGAAGGACCACUAAAUACGAUAUUGACAUGACCAAGUGCAUCUUUUGCGGCUUCUGACAGGAAGCAUGCCCCGUUGAUGCUAUUGUAGAAGGUCCUAACUACGAAUACUCAACUGUUCAUCAUGAGGAACUGCUUUACGACAAGGUUAAGCUUCUAGCGAAUGGGGAUAAGUGGGAACCACAGUUGGCAAGAAACCUCGAGACUAGAAUAAUCAAUAGAUAA